AAAAUGCGCGCGACUAGGAGGGAAACUGACGCGCUAACGACUCAACAGCUGAUCGCUGGGAACAAAAGAUAUUAACAUGUUACUUGCUAUAUUCAGAUCUAUUGCCAGGGUGGCAUAAAUAUUCGAACAGACUUACAAAAAAGGAAGGCUUUUUCUGACGUUUUCUUCAUUUCCAAGAACCACAAAGCGGCGAACAUUUCAUAAAGAUGACUGGAUUAAGUCAAAUCUGUUUUUGCUGAUCAUCAGAGGAUGUUUUGAAUGAAAGUGGAGUCUCUUCUUAACGAGAUAUUUGCCUAAGAUUUGGUAAAGUAUAAUAAUUUGAAAGUUCCACGGUUUUGUAGUUAUGUCACAGCCGAAAAAGACUCGAAAGACGCGCUCGAGACCGUCGCGCGGGAAAACAACUCGCGACGAAUCUCGCUUUGGCAUUCGUUAUUUACAUCAUCAUAUGUUCGUGGGAGACUCGCCUCGCGAUCAACAACUCUGCCCGUAUGAGUGCAAAUGCGGCGCGUCGAUGUCUUCAAUUUACAGUGGAAAGACCCUGACUCUGCUCACAAUCUCCAUUUUAGUUCUUUUGAUCGGCGUUACAUUUAUGCUGGUUGGUUAUCUGAUUCCUCGAAGAUCAGUUGUUUACUUGGAGAAAAGCGAUGGUUCUCGAACGAUAGUUGAUAAAACCGCCAUCUCGUUUAACACUCUGUUGGACGAUUUUACUCUGGUUGGAACUGUACUGGUACCGCUAGGAGCUUUACUAUUCUGUGUUAUACUGAUCGUUCCACUCUUUCGUUCGUCUUCCGGUCAGAAGAAAGGGCAAUAUUUCAAAGCGCCAACUGAGGACGCGGCUUCCUCGGUAACGAAGACUAAAACUUCAGAAACUACUGCAAUCGCUUCGGAGGACGGUCGUUCGCUGAGCAGCGUUUCAUCUCAGUCAACAAUUCAAAAAAUUCCUGUUCUCGCUCUCGUUCACAACGUUCAACCGGAGCCAAAAUCUCGUGAUAGUUCUGGGUCUUCAGUGGGUAAAGGCAGAGAAUACAGAAAGAAACCUGGCAAGUUCAAGGAUUCAUUUGACGAGGAAGAGGAGGAGGAAUGAUAUUUGGCAAAAAAAAAAACAAUUUCCUGUCUUAGAAAAAGAAAUAGGGCUGUUAUAGAUUAUUCAAAUUAUUUAAUUUUGUUAAAUUCUGAGGAUUGAGUUUUGUGUUUUCCACCAUUAUUACUGUUUUGAAUUUUUGAAAUUUUCCGCAGAAAACGAAUUUAAUGAUCCCUGAGUGCUAAAUCCAAAAUCUCACUCUUAGCCUUUACACAACAAUUCAAGAUCACAAAUGAAAUUAUUUCCAUAUUUUUGUACGAAAAAAAAUAUAUAUAUAAACCGGUAUCUCCCAACCACGUAGUUAUUUAAAUUUCCGCUUGCGGAAGAAAGCUAGCUCGGUUUGUAUGGAGGGGAAACGAAGGGUAAGAGUGUCACAAUAUUUGCUCGGGAAAAUGAAAACUGUCGAAGGACAAGGAAACUAGCUCGAAGAGGGUGUAUUCAACAGUGUCAAUAAAGAUGAUUUAAAUCAUUUAUA